AGCAGGUUUCUGCAGUUUAAGUUUCGUAUUGAUUUUUCAAUUCCAUUUCCAACCAAAUUGCAAAAGUAUAGAUUGGAGGGGGCGGGCGAGCAUUUCGUGGCAGUUGUUCCGAACGGAACCGGACCGGCCGCCGAUUUCUUCGCGAUUUUUGCGAUAGUCGUACUUGUGGAGCGAACGACGAGCACGAAGAGGACGACACCAGCUACUCCUUCGUGGAAGUUGACAGCCUAACCGCUGUCCCGACAAAGAACCAUGGGAGCUUUCGAUGGUUUUUUUCCAUAAAAAGAUGCGAACGAUGUUAAAGGCUGUGUGUUUAUUUGAUGAUAUCGUCCCUUCAUCGUGAUCGUCGUGGUGAGAGACAUUAAUGUGGCUUGUAUCUAGAUGCUUACAUCGAGCGUUCUUCCCUAUCAGGUACGACUACCGGAUUGCAAGGCGAGCCCGAUGCAGCUCCGGAAGGUCGUGCAGCCACUGCGUUCGGUGCCAGCGCGCAGGAUCAUGCGGAAAAUACGAAGGAUUUAGCUGCAGAGGAGCUACCGGCGGGAAGUACUUCCAGUCCGGAUCAAGCGAGAAGUGAGGACAAUGAUUUGCAAGCCUCACCAGCGUGCUCGGAGGAAAGCUGCAGUGUAGGAGCAACAACGGGCGAGCAGAAUAAACUAGCGGUACAGGGAGAAGAUGUGCUGUUGCAACAAGAAAGCGAAGAUCUAGGGGAUGAACUACACGAGGAGAGGAGCGACGGGGCAGCUGCGCCCCCGGAAAAUUAUCAUGCGGAACAAGAAGAACGGCUGCAGGGCGGGAAUCAGGAUGAGGAGAAUUGCAACAACCUGGCAACUGAAACAAGUUUAAGCACGGAGCAAAACGAAAAUGUAAAGGAACAUAAAGAGGAAGACAAAAAAGACCACCGCGUAGAAGUUCUUGCAACAACUCAUCAAAGUCUACCUCGUGGCCGCGAGCAGAGCGAGGACAUCCCGCACAUUUUUGGGGAGGAGGAAUUAACUAGCGAGAGCAAGCCACCCGCGCAAGAAGGGCAGGUCUGGCCCAAGAAGCCAAUGAACAGCCGGGUGGUUCUUGUCGGUGGAACUGGUACAACAGCAGAGGCCGCAGAAGUCUCUACUGCACGAGGACCGGGUCCGCGAGUAGAACUACAGCAGUCCUGCUCCUCUGCCGCUGCCAAUGCCAAUAUCCCUUCUGCUAGUCCGACUGUUGUUCCACCUUCGGUGGUCGACGGGCAGUUCUCUCUCGGGCAGCUCCCCCGAGGGCACGUGUUGGAGGAACUCGACUUGGCCGGGAAGAAUGUGGACGCCGAUGUGAUGCAACACCUCUGCGAUUUGCUCUAUGCAUUGCAAAUAUGUCUGGGUCUAGGAGGUUUCCACUUGCCAUGCUAAGUCUGCACUGUGAAAAAAUCUGUGUUGCAUGGUUACCCAGAGCUGUCCACCUUCGACAAAUUUGAGAGGAAGUCUCUCAUGCAGGCUAGGCAUGAGAAAGAAGAUCUCACAGAAUCUGUCAUGCUAUAUCCCGCACACCAGACCUCACAGGGCAGGGAAAACCUGCAUGACAAAUCGCAAUCUUCCAGACCCAGACAUUUUUGCAUUCGACCUGCUGAUCCAGCACCGAAUUUCCAUCCGCUGUCUGCGGCUGGACCACAACAAAUUGUGCGACGUCGCACUGGUCUACUUGGCGAAAAUCAUCUUGCUCCAGGUAUUUAUUUCAUUACUUUUACAUUCAUCGCAAAUAUGUCCGGGUCCGGAUCUGUGAUGCGAAAUCUGAAGGACAGCGAGGAUUUGUGACGUAUCAAUACGAUUCUUGCCCAGUUUUUUUGUCAUGCUGUGAAAGAACUCAGUUUGUCAUGCAAAACAUGCUCUUCAUCAUUUCAUGCAAAAAUCGCAACAGACGCACCCUUUCCGCGAGAUUGUCCUCUCCGACAACCUAUCCUGUGCAAAAGUAUCGUACUCGUAGCAAUUGCAAUCAUGCAUUGCAAAUUUUUUCCUUAAGGUAAAUCAGCAUUACGAAUUAUAUUUCUCAUGCUGAGGAAAUUUGUAAUGCAUUUAUGCGAGUGAGAUACUUUUGCAGUUCAUACAACCAAGUGACGCCUUUAGGCGUUUUUUCCCUCCUUUUCGCUUUUGGGUACCUGUCUCACCUGUACCCGCAAUUGGAUCGGGACGAGCAGAGUGGGCGGGAAGUCUUCACUCCCUGCGUGUUGCGGUUAGAGCGGAACAGAAUUGCGGCUUCCAUGGUCUCCAAGUUCUCCUCGCUCCUGCAGACCACGCAUAUCAAGUAUUUUUGUUUGUAUGUUGUUUCCGAUAAAAUCAUAUUCUCUUUCCGUCUUCAUGCGGAUGACGGAUACAAAAACAAAAUCAAAAUCAAAAUGAAAAACCACCAAAGGUUUUCCUUCGUGAAAGAGCAACACUCUAACCGGUCUAGCUGCGCGGCAGUGGCUUUGGUGAACUUCGAUCAGCAGAUCUUGCAGCACACGGACACGAAUCUGACGGUGAUGUUGCGGAUAGCGCGGGAUCAAAUUCAGAAACUAUACGGAAACCUGCGCUCGAAAAUGGUGCAAAACCGGCAGAACGUCCCAACCGCUGCUUCCAUCCCGCAGAGCUUUCAUCCCGUGAACGUCCCGGGGAUCAGCAAUUUGUCCAUGCCCACCGCGUCAAAUGGGGGUGAGGAUAAUCACAACGGGGCGACAGGUGGCGCUUCAGUAGACAAUGCUGUGAACAAUAACGUGAAUUGCAACGCCCGAGGCGGUAUGGGGCCGCCUGGAACCGUAGCUCCGAUGAACACUAGCAACGCGCAACAAGGUAACCCGGGGACUUUGCAACACGGACCUCCUCCGCAACAUACCUUUCCGCAGCACAUGUCGAUGCCCACCGGUAAUAUGGGUACAACUUACAACCAGUACAACAAUACUACUAGCCCGAACAUGAUGUACCCACCAGGCGGCCAGCAGCCAAUCGGCACUAUGAACGGUCCUAUGCCGACUGGAUUCUAUCCCGCGCCACAAGGGGCGCAGCACCAACAUCCGCAUAACUACGGCGCACCAGCACCUCCCGGAGGACCUGGAGCUCCGCACAUGAUGGCACAUGGCCAAGCAGCUGGUGCACACGGAGGACCAGCAGGUGCUUAUAACAGCCACGGGACAUCACAGCCGAUCUACACUGCGCAGCCGCACCAUCCGCAAAGUUGUAACUACUUUCAGCAGCAACAAGCCAUGGCGACGGCGCAGAUGCAGUCGCAACAGCACGCGGCGUAUAUGAACGCCUAUAACGCCACCUGCUACAACUACGCGAACGGCGGAGGUUUGCCGUACGGAAUGCAGCAACCGAAUAAUGCUGCUGGAGUGUACCCAGGAGGAGCUGCUGGAGGGUUACAACAUCAAGGUCCUGGCGUUGGAGUUCAUCCUCACACUGCUCCUUCGCACAUGAACGCAGCUGGUGGUGGUGGUUAUCCACACAGUUGUACACCGCAGGGCAAUGUCGCGGUGUCCCCGUCCGGGCGCAUCAUUCCAGCGGCUGCAUCAGUCCAACCUGCUGGGGCAGCAUCUUCUUCCGCAGAUGGCAUGAAUCAAGACAGAACUUCUGACCUUCCGCUCGAAGAACCGAGUUCCUCAACUUUGAACAACAGUGUUAUGGAAAUGUCAGGAUUGAAAUCUUCAAAGUUGAAAUAGUUUGUGAUGCAUAAAAUGCAACCCACAAAGUGCCUGUCUUGCAAGGUAGUCAAGUGAGGCAGAUUGUAAGCCUGUUGAGGGGUAAGAAAAGAGAUGCUAAAGUAGCAUGACAAAGGGCGUCCUCCGUACCCAAACAGCAUGACAAACUGGAUUUAUGCUCUUCCUAAAUUUGUCAUGCGCCACUUGAAAGCUGGCCGCCAACUGGUAUCGGCUUUAUGCAUGACAAAUCAUUUCAACUUUGACGAUUUCAAUCCUGACAGAUCCAUAAGUGUUCAGAAUAAGUCGAGUUCCAACAGCCUUCUCCGUCAGGCUCGAACUCCAGUGGCCGCGCGAGCGGGUUCGCCCUGCCAACUGACCAGUUCAUCUCCGGAAAUUAUCCAGAAGCUGUCCCUCUCCUGCCCGCUGGAGCAGCGCCGACGGUCGGAGAUGCUGUUAUCUCCGGACACGGACGACUCAGGGGAGAAGUCCUCGGAUGGCUUCUAUGCAAGGGAAGAUGGUGGCGCGAGAUCUGCGAGCCUGCGGCUCAACACCACCGCGCCGCCGGGAACGCUUUCUGCAGCGGCAGUCAUGCAGGCGACGGAAGGGAGAAGUAGGAAGAACCAGAAUUCAUCAUCACAACACUUUUGCAGUGAAGAGGCAGGCAACGCGGAAGUAGAUCGUGUGGUUGACACCAAUGUUGAAACAGAAAAUAUCUACUCGUUAAAAGUUGCGCACCAGGUGGAGCAAGACCCACUAAGUACCUCUCAUUCCUCGUCCCUUGCCGGCGCAUCGACCGCUGCCUCGGGCGUCGGGAGCAAUGUCGUCGUGGCGACGACUGGCCCAGACCAGCACCAGCCCCCGAAAGACGUAAGGCACUCGCGGACCGCGAUGCUGAAGGUGAAAAUGGCUUUCACCGCCGUAGAAAAAGCGAACGGGGGUAGAGGUUGUAAUUCUUCUUCGCAGGAGAACAAGGAAGGCGCGACCAGGUCGGGGGAGCUGCAGGAAGAAGUAUUGCUGAGCGUACAUGAUGGCCAGAACAAAAACAAUCUCGAACUACAUAAAAAUCAGCAGUUUGGUCGAGGGAUCAUGAAAAACAAUCUUCCCUUCCUCCCGCGCACCAUGCCCUGUGAGUUGCUGAAAGUGCGGGUGUUUCUCGGUUUGCUGUACGACGUGGAGAAAACGCAGGAACUGGUGCUCGGACAACCUUUAUCUCUGAUCCACCAGCCGCUCUCCCUAAUCCAAGCGGCGAUGCUGCUCAUGGUAGCGCUGAAGCAUCGGACGUGGUGCUGGGUGCGGUUACCGACGUGCGUGAAGGAAGUGGACAACUGGUGCGCGGCAGCGUCUUCCUCGAGUCCGGCUGGCGGGGCCGGAAAAAGUGGUUGCAAUGACAGUACAACCACUCAACAUCAACAUCAUCAGCUCCCCGCAGCAGAAGACGGGGAGAGCAGCAUCCUCUCUGCGUCGAAUACAGCUGAAGAUGACAACACGUCUAUUGGAGAAGCACCUGCUGCUGCUGCUGCUGCAACGAUGGCCACUUUACCAAAACACCUCGCACUUGAAGCCGUUAUCUACGAGUUGACGGGGAUGUGCAGCUUGAAUUUGAAUUCUUUGAAAUUCUACAACAACAACGAGGAUUUUGAUUUCCAGGACGAUUUUCGAGACCAACGAAUGUACCGGAUCUCGCUCUUCGAGGGCUGGAAAUUACUCUCCCACUCUCCCGCUUACCGGCGUAUCAAUUGCAAACAUGUCUGGGUCUGGAAGAAUGCAAACUUGUCAUGCAUACUUUGCAUGCCCCACGAGGUCUGCAAUGCAGGACCUAGCAUGACAGGUUCUGCGAAGUCUCUAUCAUGUCUAUCCUGCAUGACAAACUGCCACUAAACUUGUUCAAACGUGGACGCCUUUUGGUAAUCAUGCAACAAAAAUUUCUGUACUAUCCAGAAUUAGCAUGACAAGCUGCAACCUUCCAGACCCAGACAUUUUUGCAAUGCAUACGGCAGCCGGAAAUGCAAGCGAUUGUGAACCAAAUGAACUUCAUCAAGGAACUCUUCGAGAACGAAAAAAUUCUGAGCAAGCACAAGGUAAUUUUUUCGUUGUUUGAUACUUAUUUAGUUUCACUGCAGUUCGUUCGUUCCCCUGAGACCAUUCGGAGGUACAAGUUUCUCCUUCCUUGCUCAUCUUCAUCAUUCAAAUACAACAUGCAGAAAAUGCAAAAAACCUCCAAUCCCACUACAGCUGGAGCCGUGGCUCUACGCCUAUGCCUGCGAGCGGCUCGGUGUUCGGAAUUUAGAAGAGGAUAAUCUACAGGACCACAGCAUUUUUCAUUGCCCAGGAACCGGAAUGAUGAACCAGUGCACGACCACCGGGGGGCAACAGCAACAAGCUGCUAGACCCUCAAUCCUGACAGCCAGCACCAGUCUGACUGCAUCGUCUUCCGGGACGAGUAAGUUGGAUAGGGUUAAUAUGAAUCAACAGCAGGACAGCCACAGCGCUGUCAACACCGGCUCUACUGCGUCAACGACAGCACCAUUUGGCACAUCAAAUACAGCAGGUCUGGCUGCUGGUGUGCCUCUCCCUCCCUACCCGCAGGACCACGCCGACUUAUCCUGAGUAAAAACGGACCCACACCAGAGUCAGGAUGGCGAUUUUGCAACACAAACCUAGGAGUUUUGUGAGUCACGCAUGACAAGUUGCACUCCGCAGUGUAGUGCAGGUUAGCAAGUGCAGCCGCAUGACAAACCCAUCUCCUCAUCGUGUUUACAGCAUUACAAAUGUCAAAACACGACUGGAAAUGCCUCUCAUGCAGAUGCGCAUUACAAAUGUUCCUGUCGUUGCAAAUCUGCAUGACAACUCUGGUGUGGGUACGUUUUUACUUAGGAUACGACUCCGCGGGUCCUCAGCGGUGGAUGACCAGCUGCGGGCGCGGACAGACAGAAAUUAGUCCCUAUUAAGGCUUACAGAAAUUAGUUCCUACCCUUGUUCCCGAAAGCUUAGGUUUGAAAAAAAUGGAAACAAACCGCGAGGGGGGUUUAGCUUGCACACUCUCGCAGUCGCUUGGAAUGGCCGAAGGCCAUGAACCCUGUGGCUGGGAAGCAGCCAGCGUGCGAGCUUGGCGGAGAAUGGGCAGCCGUCUUCGGCGGGGCUGCCGCGCUUGCUGUGCUAGUAUGUUGCAAGUGAUUCGUGUUCAGCGCCAGGUCGUUCAAAGCAACGCGCCUUCAAUAUAAGGGGUCGCCCUGCAGCUGCCACACUUUAGCCUUUCGGAAAUGCGUUCCCAAGGUUUGCCGGAAAUUCUGGGAGCACAUUUCGGCAAGGCCCCCACGUCUGAUUUGUGCUCUGGCCGGCAGUAGGUCUGAAGACCUCGCGCAAAAUCAUCCGACGUCUGGGAGAUAAAGAAGCGCGCUCCUAAGAUUUUCGCCGCGUCGAGACCUGGGAUCAUGGUUCUCCUAAGCCCCCGCCCAAGAUGAUGUUGUGCGGGUUUUUCUGUGUUUCAAGGUCAGAACACAAACUCGGAUAGCAUUCUCGUGCUCUGGCCUGCAGAAGUGUGCACCCCACAUCCGAGAACUUCUCGGAUGGCACUUCACAUCCGAGGAACUCCCGGACGUGAACUCACAUCCAAGAAUUCCUCGUGUGUCAGCUCACAUCCGAGAACUUCGCGGAUGUGCGCAGACAUCCCAGGAGUUAGUAUUUGAUGUGGCGAAAAUCCUUGGGAACAAAUUGCUGGAAGUCACCUGCGUAAGAUUUGUGGUCCGAUCGGCAAUACCUAUUGGAGCACAAACCCUACGCAGGUGAGUUACGGAUAUUAGCUCUCAGGAUUUCCGUCGCAUCACGAAAUUCUUGACGCAGCGAAGAUCCUGGGAAAUAAUUUCUGUAAGCUACCUGCGUAAGAUUUGUCUUCUCACUGGUAAUACCGAUCUGGGCACAAAUCUUAUGCAGGUGACUUACAGAAAUUACUUCCCAGGAUUUGCGUGCUGCGUCUCCAAUCGCCUCACUUGGAAACGAGGAUCAUCAGUGUGUCCAAGUGUGGCGACUGGAAACGCAGUACGCAAAUCCCAGGAGUGCAUUUCUUUGAGGCACGAAAGCCGAAGCUGUAGGCGCGCGAGUUCUGCUGUGCUCUUAGGUAAGAAAGCUCGCGCAGCAGCUUUUUCCUCCUGGCCUUCUAGAAGCGUGCUCCUGAACACAUGCACAGAAAGAUCUACUUUUUCUUCUAGGAAGAAAACGCAGCCUCUUCUAGAAGAAGAAGCGCCUUCUUCUAGAAGCUGCGUUUUCUAGAAGAAAGCAAAGCUGUGUCUUCCACAGGAAGGCCAGCCUUCUAGAAGAAGACAAAACUUCGCGCCUUCUUCUAGAAAAAGACGCAGCUUCUUCUAGAACAAGAAGCUGCGUUCUCUUCUAGGAACUCAGUUUCUAGAAGAAAACUUCCGGAAAAAGUGUUCGGAAGGGGGGUUUGCAAAGGGGUCUUCAAAGGGGUCGCGAAAAGUGCCUUAGUCACGACCUAACAAAGGGUCAACGAAAGGGGUCAGCGAAAGGGCCUCUGGAAAGGGGUUUCCGCGAGACCUUUUCUAAAAGAAGUCAAGAAGCCUUCUUUUAGAGUCUAAAAGAAAUCCAACGAAUUUCUUUUAGACUCUCAAAGGAUUUCUUCUAGAGUCUCAAGGUGCAUCAGAGGCGCCUUGAGAUUCUAGAAGAAAUCCUGGGAACUAAUUUCUGUAAGUCCGUUGCGUAGGAUUUGCAGUCAGGGCGGGAUUACCGGUCGAAACGCAGAUCCUACGCAACCUAUUCACAGAAAUUAGUUCCCAGGAUCCCACAUACAAGAAUUCCUCGGAUUGCAGCUCACAUCCGAGAACUUCGCGGAUGGGAGCCGCAAGAGAACUUUCGCGCGCAAAGUGCCGAACUUUGGCGCCCUGCUCGUGAAAGUUCGAUCCGGGUGUCCAAAUGGGGUGAUUGCAGAAAAAGCGCGGAAAUCCUGGGAACUCAUUUCUGUAAGUCGCGUGCGCAGGACGUGUCGUCAGACCGGGAUCAUCGGUCGAAACGCAGAUCCUACGCACCUGCUUCAAAAUUUUUGAAAACCGAAGCUUUUGGGAACUGCUCUGGGAACUAAUUUCUGAAAGCUCUAACCCUACCCGCAGGACGCCGACUCCGCGGGUCCCCAGCGCUGGAUGACCAGCUGCGGGCGCGGGCAGAGACAUCCUAUCAAAUGUAAAAAUGUCUGGGUCUGGAAGAGUGCGCGAUUUGUCAUGCAGCGUUUCCAUGACCCAUGAGGUCUGGAAUGCGUGACCUAGCAUGACAGAUUCUGUGCGAUCUCUCUCAUGCCUAUCCCGCAUGAGAAACUCGCUCCCGACUUGGUCAAAACUGGACGACUUUUGGUAAUCAUACAACACAGAUUUUCGCAUGCUUCAGAUUUAGCAUGACAACUUGCAUUCUUCCAGACCCAGACAUUUUUACAUUUGAUACAUCCAAAGUUGAACCUAAACUUGCCGCCGCCCCCACCAAGAGUCGGCGGUGGCCCGACGAUGAACACGACCAGUAGUGCAUCGUCUACAUCUUGUAUCGCAAGAAAAAAGUGUUUCACUGUAAGGAUUUUGCAAGUUUUCUAUCACAGGUUUGUUCUACUGGACAGCGAAAACCUGCCAUGCGAGGUUCCUAAGGGAAAACGCAGCGACAUAUCGACUGUCUUGCAUGUUUAGCAAGACAGACACUUCUGAGAUACAUUUUCUGCAUUACAAGUUUACAUCGAAACAGUUUUUUCUUGCGACAUCUUGUUCCGCACAGCAGCAAGGACAACUUCAUCUGCAAAACCAGCACAGUAAUUCCUCCGCCCCGACGCCGAGUAACGCCUCGGAACGUGGUGGAGGUCCCACCCCGAGCUACAAUCCAAACCGGCAAAGCAGUAUGGUGAAUCAGCAACAGCAACAGCAGCAGCCCAUGGAACUCUGUGGCGGGCAACAGCUGUCAACACAGACAGCACCAUCAUCAUCAGCAGGCGGUAAUGGUACGACUAUGAUGAGCACGACAUCUACUUCUCUGCGAGCAGGAGGCCUUAAUAUUAAUAACGCAUCAAGCUGCAACUUAGGACCGCAGCAAGGGCAACCGCAACAUCCAAUUGGUAUUAAUUCGAUGCAGCACCAAAAGCAAUUCAUGCAGCAGAUGGCACACGAGCACCAGCAACACCAGCAGUUUAUGCAUCGGCAGCAUACCAUGCAGCAUGCUAUGCAGCAUCAGAUGGGUAGUUGUACUAGCAGCUCCUCGUGGGCGGGACCAACAGGAGUCCCAAGCUGUUACAAUAACGGACCUAUGCCCAUGUCCAUCGACAACUCGCAAUACCAUCCGGUUGUGCCCGGCGGACCGGACGAUAAGCAAGGUAUAGCUGCAUUUGGCGCGUUAUUCCACAAAAAGAUUUUGGAUCCUCCUGUGCUUGUUUUCUUUCGGGUGGUGCCGACUUCACUCGACAUGGAUCUUAACAUGAAUGUCAACAAUUAUCGAAGGUACUAUGAUGUCACAAAUGCCCCUCAUGGCAGCUGGACCGACGAUGGGCGGUGGUCCAAUAGUACCGGGGGCCACAGGGAUGCAUUUUCUGCCCGCCGGAGUACAACAACCUCCGGGCGCAUCAAACGCUGCCAUGCCGUGGAUGACUAUGACGAUGCCGAGCGCCUCCAAUCCGGGGCUCUACGGAAGUGGUUGCGCCGUACCGGGAGGUGUGAACAAGGGGUCUUCUUCUCAAGCAGCAUCCCGAGAGGACGCUGCUGGUUCUAGUAGUGGUCCGCCGGAACUACAACAACCAGUGGUUUAUCAGUAG